UCACAGCCUCGGCCCCGCUCUUUAACCCCAGUCGACAGUCUGCAGCUCCCGUCCUCCCUCCUCACCGCUGCUGGAUUCAGCCUGAUUGAUGAGUCCUAAUGAGUUUGGGGAGCUUAAACAUGGCUGGAACCUCUCUGGGAGCGCUAUUCUCUCUCCUGUUCCUUGCAUCUAUUACACAAGGGUACAAGGCUGUUGAUCUGUUUUGUUAUGAAUCCUGGCCAGCAGACGUGGGCCAGGAUGUCGCUCUGCCCUGUAGUAUAAAACAGAGAGAUGAUUUCAAGAUCGACAGCAUUCAAUGGACAAAGAAAAUGGGGAAAAAUGAGAAUAAGCUUGCAGUCUAUAGUCCAAUGCAUGGUCUUCAUCAGUUUAUGACUAAUGUGACGAUAGAGACUAUGGAGGACGAUGCAAACAGCUGGCUUGGCUUCCCCGUACGCCUCUCUGCUGUGACUGUAUGGGACAGUGGCGUCUAUAUCUGUGGUAUUACAACGUUUCCUCACGGCCCUCUGAGAUGUGAAACGGAGCUGAAAAUCAAAGACAUUGAUAAAAUCACAUGUGAUGUGAAUGGUACUGUUGAGGCCCUAAGUGGAGAGAAUGUGACCAUCCGCUGUGCAGCCAUUCCUAACAUUCAGUACAGAUGGACCAAGAACCAGAACUUGGUUUCAGACACGGAAUCACUGAAUCUCUGGCAAGUGACUGAAGCCGACACAGGGACUUACACGCUGACUGUCAACACAGGAAGCAAAUAUCUGCACGAGGAGUUUAAUAUCACUGUGCUGACAGUGAGCUUAACAACAGAUCUGUCAACGCGUUCGGUCGUUACCACACAGGCUCCCACCGACUCAACAGUCAGCAGCCUCGGCACCACUUUCCAGCCAUCGUCAACCACUGGACUACAAACCACUGGACCACAAACUACUGGACUGCAAACUACUGGACUGCAAACCACUGGGCUGCAAACCAAUAGCACCAGUGUAACGUGGACCAGGAGCUUGACCUCUGAUGUGACCGACGCUUCCACCAAAGUCAGCAAUGCUACAAAUCCACCUGACGAGCAUAAAACCCCGUUUACAAACAACACCCACUUCAUCACCGCCACCGCAAAUCCACCACUCAACUCUACAUUAAGGUCCAGCAGUGCAGCGUUCAACCGAACACACGCAACGACCAGCGGCGGGAUGCUAAAUGCGUCUGCGACUCAGCCAAACAAUGUUACCGCGAAUGCGCCAGAGGAGUCCAGCAUCACGGACAAUCCUGCAGCAGAACACACCACUAAACCAAGAGUAGAAGGUAAUGAGCGGAGUCAUCUUCUGGUGUUAAUAAUGGUUCCAUUGCUGCUAUUGAUCGCUGUGGUCGCCUUUCUCAUCAGGAGACGCGUAAUAAAACAGAGGAUGGACCUGCCGCCUUCAUUCAAACCCCCUCCUCCUCCAGUCAAGUAUGCAGCUGCAGUCUACCAACGGCGUGAGAUUUCUGCUACCUCUUACCCCGUUUCAAGGUGUAACUCGCUAGCAGAGUGCAUAUGAUAUAUAUAUUUAUAUUUAUAUAUGGUGGUUUGCAUGAUAUAUUGCACAGCAGUGUAUCCGGCCUCAAGUACAGAAGUACAAAAUGUGAAGCUCACAUAUAACUGUGGUCAGUUUCUGGUACAGUUACAGUAGCUAAAUGUAGGUUGUGUGUAUAUACUGUACGUGAGCUGUGGUACAUGCUAUUGUCUCUUAGAUGUUUCGAUUGUUUUGGCCGUAUUGGUCACAGUGAAAAUGACGUUGAUUGUAUUAAAUGGAAUAACGAAAAGUUUGUGUCACCUGAAAAUAAACUUUGUAAACUUUA